GGCUCCGGCGUCACGUGACGCCGCGGCCACGUGACCCCGCCCUGGCGAGCCGAGGCGCGACCCAGCUCCCGCAGCCCGAGGGGAGGGGCCCGUUGUGCCCAAACCCAGCCAGAUUCGACCAUGCUGUCCCGCCUGCUCAAAGAACAUCAAGCCAAGCAGAACGAACGCAAGGAGCUGCAGGAGAAGAGGAGGCGAGAGGCCAUCAGUGCAGCGACCUGCCUGACCGAAGCUUUGGUGGAUCACCUCAAUGUGGGUGUGGCCCAGGCCUACAUGAACCAGAGGAAGCUGGACCAUGAGGUGAAGACCCUACAGGUCCAGGCUGCCCAGUUUGCCAAGCAGACAGGCCAGUGGAUUGGAAUGGUGGAGAACUUCAACCAGGCACUUAAGGAAAUUGGGGAUGUGGAGAACUGGGCUCGGAGCAUCGAGCUGGACAUGCGCACCAUUGCCACAGCACUGGAAUAUGUCUACAAAGGGCAGCUGCAGUCUGCACCGUCAUCCUAGCCUCUCUCCUCUCCCCAAACCCUCUUCUUACCCUCCUGCAUGGGAGGGAAACUGGUAGGCCACAAAUAAAACACAAGGUUCCAUUCUG